CUUCAGCACCUUACUUCCCGCGCCACUGAUCCUUGUUGGAUUCCAGUAGAAGAAUAAACAUUUCCAGCCCGGUGGUUCAUUAGCAAAAUCACACGUUCAGAGCAUUCCAGUGCAGGAAUGAAGACGAACGACUGAUCAACCACCUGCUGAAGGAGCGCGGCUACAACAAGGAGCUGCGUCCAGUGGAGAGACAGGAGGAGGCCGUCGAUGUAUACCUGGCGCUCACGCUCUCGAAUCUCAUCUCCUUGAAAGAAGUGGACGAGACUCUGCUCACUAACGUCUGGAUCGAACACGUGAGUUCAAGGAUUUUAGAACAAAGUGCCACAAUUAGUGCCAACGUCAAGGUUGCUGUUGACAUUGGAUGUCUAGUACCGUCAAUGACUAAUGAAGGAAUCUGACCCUUUAGCCAGAUUGCCGGAAUCACGCCCGCCGGACCCGCGUUGGCGCAGCUCCUGCGACCCGGGCCGGCGGGACUCCGACAACCUGGCCAAACUCCGCAUGUUCACCUUAGUCUUAACCUUGUGUACAUACUCCAUUUUGAAAGCUGGAAAAAGGCUUCGAAGCACAACUUGACAAUUUAUUCAGGUCGACAGCAAUCAUACAGCACAGAGGGACCCAGGCAAGGAUUCAGGGUCACCAUAUCACAAGUCAACAAAAGGUUAUCAGGAAAAAAAUGAAAAUGCUUAGUUAAACGCUCAGUCUUUUGAAGGCUCUCGCGGGGCGACCGGUGGGCAGGAAGGAGGGUGUGUUUAGGAUGACCGUCUAUCGCAGUUUGGGCUGUUUAGUCCGUGCGUCACAGUUGCUGAGUCACCGUUGCUGGGGAAACCGCAGUGGGAGAUUUUGCAGCCUCAGCGACAAAGGGGCUCUUGGACUCUUCUCAGUCGUGUUAUCAGUUGGAUAUCGGUUGCCUGGUAUACCAGACUCACCGCUGUUCCAGCGAUUGAGUCUGGCGACCGUCCGGCGGAUCAGAUUCCGAGGGCGGAGCAAGCCACAGCAAACAGACAGCGGAGUGGACCAAUCAGCGACUGGCAGACAUGACGUUGUUAAAGCGACAAGUAAUUAACGUGAGCGGAGAAUGGAGAAGUUUAUUCAACAUGGCUAGCGCUAGCCGUGUUGACUGUUGUCAAUGACUUGUGUUGAUGUGGUUUUGGUCAUUUAAAACUGGUUUUAUCGCGGAUUGGAACAUAUUCUCGGCUCUCCCGUUCGCCAUCUGUGUUGUUGUAGAGACGACUUUCGGCGCGCAAGAAUGACGUUACUCGUUAAGAACAUGUCACGCAAUUCAACGAAUUUGAUUGGACGAAAUAUUUUGUACUUGCUCGAGAGGCCGUUAAUGGGCUGGGUCCCAGACUGUUUCUCACAGUGUUUGAAAAAUACAGGGAGAAUAGUCUGGCGGUGCCAGGCAAGGAUAUCGGGGCUUCUCCGGUGUUCCAUUUGUUGGGACAGGACGUCCCACCAUUUGUUCUGGACUGUCUGGAAGAACUAAGGUGGAGACGCAGGCUUGUAGAUGUCUUGCUUAUCACCUGGUACGUCUGGAUCGAACAUGUGACUUCAAGGAUUUUACAACAAAGUGCCACAAUCGGGGCCAACGUCAAGGAUGCCGUUGACAUUUGAUGUCUAAUACAGUCAAAGGCUUAAUCGUAAAUAUUCUUUUAGCAAUUUAUUGUUUAAUUGUUGAUCAUUUUUUAAAAUGUAAGAAAAAAACAGUCAAUAUAUUCCUAAAUGUUGGUACAAAAAAAAAAAACAAUACAAAACACCAGUGCGGUGCGAUAUGGUACGCCAAACGAGAUAAUGUCAUUAUCGCCAUAAAUAGAACUGCUCCUGCAAUGCAUAUUUUGGUGAGUAGAGGGCGCCCCAUUUUCUCUGACUUGCUACAGUUGAAUUUUUUUUUUUUUUUCCCCCUCAUUUUUUUAUACAUUAAGAAACGGGUAUAGAAAUCGAAAUUUUCCAAUUGAGUGGAAUCUGAAUUUCACAUCGAACUCUGUACACCUAUGGCCGAUUCGGUUCUCGUGGGCCAGACGUGGACGGACUACCGGCUGAAGUGGAACGUCAGCGAGUUCGACGGCAUCAUGGAACUUCGCCUGCCGUCCAGCAUGGUAUGGCUUCCUGAGAUCGUGCUGGAGAACAACAAUGACGCCCAAUUCAAGGUGGCCUACUACUCCAAUGUGGUGGUGAAAUACACCGGGCUAUGCUACUGGUUGCCCCCCGCCAUCUUCCGAUCGUCCUGUUCCAUCAACGUCAACUAUUUCCCCUUCGAUUGGCAGAACUGCACCCUCAAGUUCACCUCCCUGACGUACAACGCCAAAGAAAUCCGGAUGCUCCUGAAGGUGGAAGACGACGUGAAGACGGAGUGGAUCAUCAUCGAUCCGGCCAGCUGGACUGAGAACGGCGAGUGGGAGGUGAUCCACCGUCCGGCCAAGAGGAACGCCUACAAGCACAUUCCCAUGGAGAGCAACAAGCACCAGGACAUCACUUUCUACCUCAUCAUCAAGCGCAAGCCGCUCUUCUACAUCGUCAACAUCAUUAUCCCCUGCGUGCUCAUCUCCUUCCUGGCGUCGCUCGUCUACUACCUGCCAGCAGACAGUGGCGAGAAGAUGACGUUGUCCAUCUCGGUGCUGCUGGCUCAGUCUGUCUUCCUGCUGCUGAUCUCUCAAAGGCUUCCGGAGACUUCCAUUUCAGUCCCGCUCAUUGUCAAGUACCUGAUGUUCAUCAUGGUGCUGGUUACCGUGGUGGUUUUGAAUUGCGUGGUGGUCCUCAACCUCCACUUUAGGAGCCCCAGCACGCACGUCAUGUCCGAGUGGACCAAGAGGUUUUUCCUAGAGCGACUCCCCCGCCUGCUGCUGAUGUCGCGUCCCGCCGAGACGGAGCCGUACUGGGACGGCUCCUUGCAGCGGCGCUCCAGCUCGGCGGGCUACAUCGCCUCGGCCGAGGAGUACUACAGCGUCAAGUCCCGCAGUGACCUCAUGUUCGAGAAGCAGUCGGGCAGACACGGGCUGGCGGCCCGGCCCGCCCACGCCGCAGUAAAAAAGCUGCAGGAGGACAGCGGCGGCGUGACCGAGCAGCUGUACGGCGAAAUCAAGCCGGCGGUGGACGGGGCAAAUUACAUCAUCAAACACAUGCGCAACAAGAAUGACUACAAUGAGGAGAAGGACAACUGGAGCGGCAUCGCUCGCACGGUAGACCGCCUGUGCCUGUUUUUGAUCACGCCGGUGAUGACGCUGGGCACCAUCAUCAUCUUCCUCAUGGGCAUCUACAACCACCCACCGCCGCUGCCCUUCGCCGGAGACCCUUACGACUACAGGGAGGACAACCCGCGCCCGCUGUAACGCGUGAACGUCAUUUUCCUCAGAUAUUCUGCUUCGCUCGUUCAUUUAGAGGUGACGAUUCGAAUUGGAAAGUACAAACGGUCUAAUUCAGAAAUUGUGAAAAACAGUGGCGCCUAUUUUCUUUUUUAAUUAAAAAAAAAAAAAUUUGUUGAGACAUUCACUUUGAAGUUUCCGGAAUAAUCAUAUAACCUAUCAUUAUUUAAAAAAACAAAACAAUACAAAAAAAUGUUGAGACAUUCACUUUGAAGUUUCCAGAAUAAUCAUCUAACCCAGUGCUUCUCAAUUAUUUUCUGUCAUGCCCCCCCAGGAAGACGUAAACAUUCCGCACCCCCCCCAACUCUGCCACCACUGUAAAUAUACUAUAGAAUCAUUUGUAUAUAAAAUUCUUACUAUUAUAAGAACACCUCUGCAUAGCAUUUUGUAAUAUAAAGUAAUAUAGAUCAACUUACAAAAGUAGAAACAAAAAAACCCCACAAACAUACUGUAAAAAUACACUUGAUACAUGUUUUGACCGUUUGAUAAGGAAAAAUAAAAUUUAACAAUAAAUAAUAAUAAUAUAAUAAUUAUAAUAAAUUCCAAUUGAUUAGCAACAUUAACUCACGAGGCCAAUAUGCCAAACAAUUACACUGAAAAGCAAAAAUUAAAUCGAAAUAAAAAAUGACAAUGUCAUUGGACAGAGGGACACUCUAUAUAAGUCACUCCAGAGUAUAAGUCGCACCCCCAGCCAAACUAUGAAAAAAAAGUGCGACUUAUAGUCCGAAAAAUACGGUAGUAGUUUACUCCAGAAACAUGAAUCCCAGCAUGGCCCUGUGGUCGACGAGUUUGUUAGUUGGUGUGACAGAUCAUUUUUCCAACGUAACACCUCUAAAACUAAGGAUAUGUUUUUAGAUUUUAGGAAAAAACAACCCACUCCUCCUCAACCCACUUGUAUAAAAGGUAGCAGUAUAGAGGUGGUGGAGCAGUAUAAAUACUUGGAUCCUGUGAUAGACAGUAAACUCAAAUUCGACGCAAAUACAGAGUAUCUGCAAAAAGGGCCAACAAAGAUUGUACUUCCUAAGGAAGCUUAACUCUUUUAAUGUUGAUAAGGCUAUCUUGUCCUUGUUUUAUAAAUCUUUUAUUGAAUCGGUUCUUACCUUUGCUUUUAUUGCCUGGGUUGGAGGAAUCAGCCUGAAGGAGAAAAAUAACAUCAACCAUAUUGUGAAGGUGGCUGGUAAGAUAAUAGGUCUCCUUAACAGAUAUUUAUUAGAGGCAGGUCAUGAGGAAGGCAAAACACAUACUGAAUUGUGUACAUCAUCCCCUUCAUUUCUCGUUUGAGGUCCUUCCAUCAGGCAGGAGAUUCAGAGUCCCUUCUUACCCAGUGCAAUUCGGUUGCUAAAUUUGCACAAUUCUUGCACUUAGAUACAAAACUGUCUAUAGCACUUUAAAUGUUUAGUCUGUGUUGUUUUAUUGUACAGCGGGGCAAAUAAGUAUUUAGUCAACCACCAAUUGUGCAAGUUCUCCUACUUGAAAAUAUUAGAGGGGCCUGUAAUUGUCGCAGAGGCGUCGCGUCCCAUUAGGCAAACCAGGCAAUUGCCUAGGGCCCCCAGCCAGCAGGGGGCCCCAGAGGGCCAACAGAAUUAACACAAGUAGCUUUACAGCACUGUCGCAGCGACAAGUGUAGGGAGUGUUUCAAUGCCAUGGAAUCAUUUGGCAGACUAUCGAACGAUUCUGUUAUCAAUCGCAAUCAGCACUAACCAUGUCAAGUAGAUUAUACAUGUUUAAGAAAGCCCAAACAGCUAUUAACGCCACAUGAUUGUCUAAAGAAUCACCAAGUACUCUCUGGAAAGUCCUUGCCAAGUGUUUUAUGUUGAUUUUCACAGGCCACCUCAUUAUUCAUGUGACUACUUAAAAAAUUAGGUAUUUUUCCAAAAAAGUCUAUUAAUGGGUCUAUCGUAUUCCUCUCCACAUACUCUAUAAGAAAAAUAUAACAUAUAUGCAUCUAAAAUAAUCCUAAAUAAUUUUAUCAGGAAAUUUAAUACUCAUUUCGGUCGGUAGUCCACCAAUCAGUGGUUUUUACGGAAUAAUUUGAAUUUGGUGGGUCGUAGGGCCAAUCUGACUACUGAUUUCACACGAACCUCCGCAUCCAAUGGUGGUAUUUUUGUGUUGCUACUCUUUCUUCUAUUGCUCCAAGUCCAACUGUCCCACUUACUUGCACACGUUCGAAAGGCCCCAUGUUGCUUGUUGCCUGGGGCCCCCGGGGACCCUUGCUACGCCUCUGAUUGUCAACAUGGGUAAACCUCAACCAUGAGAGACAGAAUAUGGGAAAAAAAAACAGAAAAUCACAUUGUUUGAUUUUUAAAGAAUUUAUUUCCAAAUUAGAGUGGAAAAGAAGUAUUUGGUCACCUACAAACAAGCAAGAUUUCUGGCUUUCAAAGAGCUCUAACUUCUUCUAACGAGGUCUAAUGAGGCUCCACUCGUUACCUGUAUUAAUGGCACCUGUUUUAACUCAUUAUCGGUUUAAAAGACACCUGUCCACAAUCUCAGUCAGUCACAAUCCAAACUCCACAAUGGCCAAGACCAAAGAGCUGUCGAAGGACACCAGAGACAAAAUGGUAGAACUGCACCAGGCUGGGAAGACUGACUCUGCAAUAGGUAAAAUGCUUGGUGUGAAGAAAUCAAAUGUGGGAGCAAUUAUUAGAAAAUGGAAGACAUACAAGACCACUGAUAAUCUCCCUCGAUCUGGGGCUCCGUGCAAGAUCUCACCCCUUGGCGUCAAAAUGAUAACAAGAACGGUGAGCAAAAAUCCCAGAACCACACGGAGGGACCUAGUGAAUGACCUACAGAGAGCUGGGACCACAGUAACAAAGGCUACUAUCAGUAACACAAUGCGCCGCCAGGGACUCAAAUCCUGCACUGCCAGACGUGUCCCCCUGCUGAAGCCAGUAGACGUCCAGGCCUGUCUGCGGUUCGCUCGAGAGCAUUUGGAUGAUCCAGAAGAGGACUAGGAGAAUGUGUUAUGGUCAGAUGAAAACAAAAUAGAACUUUUUGGUAGAAACACAGGUUCUUGUGCUUGGAGGAAAAAGAAUACUGAAUUGCAUCCGAAGAAUACCAUACCCACUGUGAAGCAUGGGGGUGGAAACAUCAUGCAUUGGGGCUGUUUUUCUGCAAAGGGACCAGGACGACUGAUCUGUGUAAAGGAAAGCAUGAAUGGGGCCAUGUUUCGAGAGAUUUUGAGUGAAAAUAUCCUUCUGUCAGCAAGGGCAUUGAAGAUGAGACGUGGCUAGGUCUUUUAGCGUGACAAUGAUCCCGAACACACAGCCGGGGCAACAAAGGAGUGGCUUCGUAAGAAGCAUAUCAAGGUCCUGGAGUGGCCUAGCCAGUCUCCAGAUCUCAACCCCAUAGAAAAUCUGUGGAGGGAGUUGAAAGUCCGUGUUGCCCAACGACAGCCCCAAAACAUCAUUGCUCUAGAGGAGAUCUGCAUGGAGGAAUGGGCCAAAAUACCAGCAACAGUGUGUGAAAAGCUUGUGAACAGUUACUUAAAACGUUUGGCCUCCGUUAUUGCCGACAAAGGGUACAUAGCAAAGUAUUGAGAUGAACUUAUGGUAUUGACCAAAUACUUAUUUUCCACCAUGAUUUGGAAAUAAAAUCAUUCAAAAAUCAAACAAUGUGAUUUUCUGUGUUUUUUUUCUUCCACAUUCUGUCUCUCAUGGUUGAAGUUUACCCAUGUUGACAAUUACAGGUCUCUCUAAUAUUUUCAAGUGGGAGAACUUGCACAAUUAGUGCUUGACUAAAUACUUAUUUGGCCCACUGUAUGAGAGGCAGGUCACGAGGAAGGCAAAACACAUACUGAAUUGUGUACAUCAUCCCCUUCAUUGCUCGUUUGAGGUCCUCCCUUCAGGCAGGAGAUUCAGAGUCCCUUCUUUGAAGUUAAAUAGGACAAAGAACUCCUUCUUACCCAGUGCAAUUCGGUUGCUAAAUUUGCACAAUUCUUGCACUUAGAUACAAAACUGUCUAUAGCACUUUAAAUUUGUAGUCUGUGUUGUUUUAUUGUAUGUGUUUGAGUUGUUGUGUUAUCUGUAUGCUUACCUGCUGUAAGACAAGUUUCCCCUUCUUAGGGGACAAUAAACUGAACUGAACUGAAUUGUUGAAAAACUGUAAUUAUUAAACCUACUGCUCCGUGUUUGAUAAAUAAAAACCUGGCUUGCACACUACAGACAAUCUCUGUGCACGCCUUACCUUUGUUUUUUUUCGGGUCAAAAGUUACAUACCAGCUCUAAAAUACCGCUGCUACUUAGCUGCUGCUAGCUAGUAAGUCUGAAAUGCAUUGUGAAGGUCCUGGUUGUUUAGAGAG